CAUCGAAAACAACCGCGAUCGUUUUCAAAACCUAAACGAGAUCCCGCCCAAGUACCACGUUCGAUCGAUCGAGAUGGAGGCGGGCGGAGCAGUCGCCGGCAAGGUGAAGAAGGGCGCCGCCGGGAGGAAGGUUGGUGGUCCGAAGAAGAAGUCCGUGUCGCGUUCCAUCAAGGCCGGCCUCCAGUUCCCCGUCGGCCGCAUCGGCCGCUUCCUGAAGAAGGGCCGCUACGCGCAGCGCGUCGGCAGCGGCGCGCCGGUGUACCUGGCGGCCGUGCUGGAGUACCUGGCGGCGGAGGUGUUGGAGCUGGCCGGGAACGCGGCGCGCGACAACAAGAGGAACCGCAUCAUCCCCCGCCAUGUCCUGCUCGCCAUCCGCAACGACGAGGAACUGGGCAAGCUCCUCGGCGGCGUCACCAUUGCUCACGGCGGCGUGCUUCCCAACAUCAACCCGGUUCUGCUGCCGAAGAAGGACGCCGCCAAGGAACCCAAGUCGCCGUCGAAGGCCACCAAGUCCCCAAAGAAAGCAGCGUAACAAGAACAGAAAAAAGAAAAAUCAGACUCCGGUUUUUGGCUCCAUUUUGUGGAGAUGAUUGCACAGUAGUGUAUGGUUUGAUCCUGCGUGUUCAUCUGAAAUUUAGCAUGGUGUUUGGUGCUUUUGAAUCUUUUUCUAGGUUAAAAUCACUUCUACUUUAGCGUA